AUGAAAGACGAUGUUCAAAACAGUUCUCAAACAGAAUUAUUUAAAGUAGCUGAUAUCAAUCCGUUUCUAGCUAUGGAACAGGCAAUGUUGCUCGAGAAGGCCUUUGAUUAUGUACCAAGAAGAGCUGGUGUGAAAAGAUCACACAAAGUCGCAGAAAACUUUGUACGUUUGAUUCAAGAUAUGUAUACGAAUAGAACUACGCAGAUCCGAACUACAUGUGGUAUGACAGACUCCAUUCCUAACAAGGUUGAUUACCGGGUUGGGAAAGCCUUAUACACCAAGGGGUCAGCGCUUAGUCCUCUUCUACUUAAUUUAGUGAUGAAUUUUCUCGCAUCUGAAAUUAAAGAUCGAAUGCCAUGGAACAUUUUAUAUGAGUAUCUCUUCUUACUAUUUGGCGAGAGUUCGCAUAAGAAUCCAAAAAACACCUUGCGUUUACAGGGUCAUUUUAUAAUACCAACAGAAAAACAUAUAAUGAGGAGGAACGAAAACCAUAUCGUAAAAACCGCACUCAACAUCGAUGAACCAACCAGAACAGAGGAAGGCCAACCGCCAUAUAGCUUAACAUUAUAA